CGAAACAAAUGAAACAUUUCAGGGCAUCGUGAGCUGAGAAGAGAGACUUGAAAGACCGGUGUUUUUGUUAUGGGUGUUGGCAAAUUCUUGAUACUGCGCGGAGAAUUAUAGGCGGAUUCCCCACAUAAACGUUCCUGUCAGCGGAUGGUUUAAGACACUAGUUUUACUCAAUCCAGUCAGUUAUCUGGGUGGCGUUUGGACGUUAAAUGUCUUUUUUUUUUUUUUUUUUCGGAUCUGGGUCUCCGUCUGAGAGAAAAAGUUAAAUAUAACAAUACAAAAAUCAUGGAAAUAAAUGGUACUGCGGGCAGAAUCGGUCUAGAGGGAGACGCAGACCUGCAGUUUUUAUUAAAUGGUGGAGACCUAUUAAAGGUGAAGUCCAGCUCAUGGAAGAAGACUCGCUUCUAUCAGCUGAUGGAAGACUGCAAGACUGUGUUGCACCAGUCCAGAAAGACUUUUAAGAGAAACCCAACCUUCAACCUGGAGGACAUUGAAUCAGUGCGGUAUGGCCGUCAGUCUGAGGGGUUGCAGAAGUACACUGACUCCUCUGUGGAGGACCGCUGCUUCACCAUCAUCUUCAAAAAUCGACGCAAGAACCUCGACUUGAUUGCUAGUUCCAAAGAGGAGGCCAAACAGUGGGUCAAAGGUCUGGAGAAGGUCAUGAACAGCAUGAGAAACCUUAACCGCCAACAGAACAGUGAACACUGGUUCUACAGCUGUAUGCGCAAAGCAGACAAGAACUCUGACAACAAAAUGUCCUUGAAGGAAUUGAAGCAUUUCCUACUGAAUAUCAAUAUCGAAGUGGACGACAGUUAUGCUGAGAUGCUAUUUAAGAAAUGUGACACGUCAAACUCAGGCACUCUUGAGGGUGCAGAGAUUAAACAAUUUUACGAUUUGCUGACUUACCGUAAGGAAAUUGACAUAAUCUAUGGAAAGUACACUCACACUAAUGGACAGAUGAGCUCAACUGACCUGCUUAGCUUCCUCCAAAACGAGCAGAGGGAGCCAGUGUCAUUGGAUUAUGCCCUAAAGCUUAUCAACAAAUAUGAGGUGGAUGAGACAGCCAAACAGAGGAAGCACAUGACCAAAGACGGCUUCCUGAUGUUCCUGAACCAGGAGGAAGGUGGCAUCUUUAAUCCUGCCCACAAAGCUUUGUACCAAGACAUGCGCCAACCGCUCAAUCAUUACUUUAUUUCCUCUUCCCAUAACACUUAUCUGAUGGGGGACCAGCUGAAAGGACCAAGCAGCACAGAGGCCUAUAUCAAAGCACUGAUGAAGGGCUGCCGCUGUGUGGAGCUGGAUUGCUGGGAUGGUGCAAAUGGGGAACCGGUUAUUUACCAUGGUCACACCCUCACAUCCAAAGUGCUUUUCAAAGACGUCAUCAAGGUCAUCAAAGAAUAUGCUUUUAAAACCUCACAGUACCCAGUGAUCUUGUCUCUGGAGAACCACUGCACCCUAGAGCAGCAGAAAAUCAUGGCCUAUCACCUAACCUCCAUCCUGGGCAAUGCUCUGCUCACUCAACCCUUGGGUAACCACAUGCCAAGCACUUUUCCAGGACCUGAGGAAUUGAAAGGCCGUUUCUUGAUCAAGGGCAAGUGUUUGAAUAAGCUCGAUGCAGCAUUCAACAACAACACUACAGAGGAUGUGGACAGUGUUUCUGAGGAAGACGAGGCUGCUGAAUUGAAAGAGAAUGAACAGAAGGUCAUGGGCAAGAAGUCAAAAAAGAUAAAGCUAGCCAAGGAGCUGUCAGAUCUGGUCAUCUACUGCAAAAGUGUCCAUUUCAGUGGCUUUGAGCACUCAAAGGAUAACCAGGCCUUCUAUGAGAUGGCUUCCUUUAAGGAGAGCAAAGCUAUGAACCUGGCAGAAAACUCAGCCAUGGCAUAUAUUCAUCACAACAUGGAUAAGCUGAGUAGAAUCUACCCAGCCGGAUCUAGAACUGAUUCGUCCAACUACAACCCAGUGCCAUUGUGGAAUGCUGGCUGCCAAAUAGUGGCUCUAAACUUCCAGACUCGCUGUAAGGAGAUGGAUCUAAACCAGGGCCGCUUCUUACCUAACGGCAGGUGUGGCUAUAUACUGAAGCCAGAGUACCAGAGAGACCCUGCCUCCCAAUUUGACCCUAAAAACCUCAGUGUAGGCCCUUGGCUGCAAAAGAAGACUGUGCACAUCAUGAUCAUCUCAGCCCAACAGCUGCCUAAACUCAAUAAGGACAAGCCUAAGUCCAUUGUGGACCCUCAAGUGCGGGUUGAGAUCUAUGGUGUGCCAGCUGAUAAUGCCACCAAGCAAACACAUCAUAUUGACAAUAAUGGUUUCAAUCCUAUGUGGAAUACAAACUUUCAGUUCAUUGUUCAUGUGCCAGAACUGGCUUUGGUACGGUUUGUGGUGGAGGACUUUGAUGCUGCUUCCUAUAAUGACUUUAUUGGCCAAUACACUGUACCCCUCACCAGCAUGCAGAACGGAUACCGUCAUGUGCCUCUGCUCACAAAGAGUGGUGAUGUCAUUCCUUCAGCUGGACUGUUUGUACACAUCAUGGUUCUUGAUGCUUAGUAGACUACGACAUUCCCCUCAUUCAUCUCAAUGCCAAAGUGUGAAGGUCACUGAACAAAACUCUCCUCUGCUAACACAUUCUAGCAAACAUUUCUCAAAGAUUUGGACUUGCUUUUCAGAUGUGCCUUGCGGUUUACCAAUUAGCCCUUCUUUCCAUAUGAGUACCAAGAUUUACAUUAAAACAAUUAAAGGGAUAGUUCACUCAAAAAGGAAAAUUCUGUCAUCAUAAGGCUCUUUUCCACCAUCGGGCCGAACAUUUCUCAUCACAAAAUCGUACCGUUCCGUGCCAGCUGGCGCAGUUACGGUUUCUUUUUCCACUGUGGUGCGGUGAAAUCAGGAGAAUGUACACAUCAGAUCCAGCUGUUGGCAACAGCGUUAGAGGUAAACAUCGGAGCAAGUGCGCUAUGGAAGAUAAGUGCAUAUUCCGGUUUUCAGGACUGCUUUUUUCCCUGGUUUUACUCUGCUAACAAACAGCAAAGACACAGACCAUGCCGCAAAAAGGAAAGUAAAGAGAAAAAGGCAAGAGGUUUACCAUCAUUUGCUGAGGGCUUACGUUUGACAGCGGACACAAACAUGCAGAAAUGCAAAAGUUCCCAGACUAGCUAAAAAGGAUAUUUAUUGACAAAUGUAUUAUAUGAAAAUAGUAUAUGAGAAUAUAUUGAUGUAUUUUGAGUUUAAAUGAGCUAGUAAUCUCAUUCCUUGAUGUAAAAUUGGUUUAGAAAAAUAAAUGUAGGCUACAAUACUAGUUAAAACUAUAAUAAUAAAACCAUGAUGAUAAACUAAACGAGUCGCCACGUACUAAAGCCAUUCCACCAGCACGGUUGAGAACGGUUGAGUACGGUUAGCUAACCGUGCCAAGAAUUCCGGGCCGAGAAUGGUUUAUAAUCUUGCCAUGCUGAACCUUGCUCAAGUGGAAAUGCUACUGUAAUCGUUCCGUGCUCAGAACCGUUGAGCCCGAUGGUGGAAAAGUGGCUAUAAAGUCAUCCUCGUGUAGUUACAAACACAUAUGACUUUCUUUCUUUCUUCCGUGGAAUACAAAAGAAAAUGUUAGGCAGACAUGACAUGUUCGAAAGAAAGGCAUAUGAGUUUGGAACAACAUGUGGGUGAGUAAAUGAUGACAGAAUUUUCAUUUUGGGGUGAACUAUCCCUUCAUUGGAAUUGAUAGGUUUAGUACAACUGAGAACAACAGAUUCAGGGUAAAUGAAGGAUUUUAAAGUUAUUGUUUACCCACAUGUAAUCUGUGCCUGGAGACCUUUAGGCAACAGCCCCAUAUAUUUUCACACAAUUCAAAUGCCUUCUUUCUCAAAACUCCCCUUGCACGUUUGUGUAUUCACUUUAUCCCUUUAAAUACUACUUUGAAAACAUUUGAAUAAAUUAGAUUUAAAUAAAUCAUCAGAAAAGUGUGCAGAUUCAGUGCGGGUCUAGUUAUUGCACAAAAAGUUGUAAUGUGUUUGGUGAAGCUUUAGCGACAUUCCUGUCUAAAUCAGUAGCACAUUAAUUGUGCAGUUUUUGGCAAUUAACAAUUUGGAAGCGUUAAAGUUGUAAACAAUUAUUAAACAUAUUUAUUUAGUGUUAAAGGUGGGUUGGAGGUGAACAAAAUAUUUCACCUAACACUAUUUUCUUAAAUAUAUAUAUAUAUAUAUUACACUUAUGCCUUUUUUACAUUAAUAUCAUUUAACAGUUUAUUUGUUAACAGAGAAUAUUUCUUACUGAAUGUUUCUGCGAAAUUGUGAGCUUUCCCAAACGUUGCCUUCAAGCCUUAAUUUUAGUCACAAUUAUAUUUUAUUUAAAUGUACAUUUUUAAAGAGGAGAUUUAAUCUUAUCACAAGCAUUCCUGUGUUUAGUGUUGUGUGAAUGUGUAAGAUGUGUUGAAUUGUAAUGAUUUGUUCACUACUGUGUGGUAAAUGUUAAUGUGACUGUAUGUGUUAGUCCCCAUCAGUGACUUUAAAAUGACUUUAUAUGCAUUGUGGGAAGCUGCAAACUGUUUACAAACCUGACUCAUGUUGGGAAAUGCUUUGUUUUUAAUACUACAACCUGCUCUUUUCAUAAACCCAGGAUACAAUAAUACACUAUUAUGCUAUCUGGUAACCUUUUUAUUUUCUGAAUGUUAGGCUCAAUAUGGAUAAAUAUUUUCAGUCACCAUCCAAAAGUGCCACUUCUAUAAGAAUGUGAAUAGCAGGUGCGUUAUAUUUUUCAGAGCAGUAGGAGAGUUGCACUACAAAUGUGUAUAACAUAGAUUGAAAAGAUAUAUGAACUUACAUAUCUGUGCUUAAUAUUUUUGUUAAGGUGUUUUAUUUUGUAGGUCUUUUGAAUUCAUUGUUGGUGUAAGGAAUAUUUGCAUUUUAUCAGCUCUUUUCUAGAAAUAUUUCUAUAUUCCUUAAUUUAUCUAAUGUGCCUUAGAGGAAAGUUGUUACACCAGGUCAUUACUAACCAUGUGAUAUUAAGCCAUAAUAACAUCCGAUUCUCAUGUCUCUUGCAUUAAGUCCUGUUCUUACAGUGUCAUAAGAAGAAAGAAAAUGUUUUUCUGACAACUCAAAAACUUUUGUUCAUGAAAACGAAAUAAAACAUCUCAGAACAAUUUUAUAA